AUGAAAAUAUGGAAGAAAUUGUUGUCUAUUUUGUACUUAUUUCCAAUUUAUAGGGGGGUAUGUUUAAAUCUCAUUUCACAAUUUAAUGAAAAAUAUAGAUCUAACACUUUUUAUGAAAAAAGUAUGAUAUUAAAUAAAUGUAGGAAAGAUAACAAUAGUUUCUAUAAGAGGGUAAAAAUUAAAAGAAAUAUUGAAAAGGAAAAAAUUUAUAAUAUAAACUACUGGAAAAAAAAAAUAAAUAAAAAUAAUGUAAAAGAAAAAAAAUCGUAUAUCAUUUUUAAAAAUUAUUCAUGUGAUGGAAUAAAUGAUAAUUAUAAUAAAAAAAACAUAGAAAAAAUAAAAAUUUUUUUAAAUAAAAAAAGAUCCAAAAUAUCAAAAUUAUGUUAUAUUUUAAUGUAUAAAAAAAUAUUAAAAGGUAAAUAUAAAAUAAAAAGAAAUAAAGACAUAAUACAUAUGAUAAUAGCCCCUAAAGGAUCUCUGCAUGAAAAAAAAAAUAAAGAAAUUUUAAGUGACCCAAUAAAAAAUUAUCCAUGGGAAAUUAGUAUUCCAUUUCAUGAAACUAUAACUUGUGAGCAAAGUCCUUAUUAUAAUUUUUUAAAAUCUGAGUGGGCAUAUUUGGAUUAUAAAAAAGAUUCAAGAAAACCAUGUGGAAAAUUAGAAGGAGGAUUAGAAAAUUAUGAUGGAAAGGGUCUGAAACUAGAAGGUGGAGUAGAUAGACCAAGAUAUAAAGAAAUCCCAUAUCAUUUAGAUCAUGGAGUUGAAUGGAGAAAAUUUAAUCAAGAUGAAUUAAUUAGAUUUGAUUUAGAUCCAGAUGGGAACCAAGAUCAAACUUUUUUAGAAACUGAAGAAGAUUUAGAAAAUAGACAGUGGGGUAAUUGGAAUUAUAACUGUGCGAAAGAAACUACCCAAUUAAAUUCUGCAUGGAGAGAUCCAGUUCUUUCAAAAGAUCUAUCGAACUUAAUUUAUCCAUGGAAUCAUAAAGCUCACGAAAAUCAUGUUAUUCCUUAUGGAUAUAGGGGACCCUGCUUUUUUAUACCUGAACCUAAAAUUGAAUGGGAGCUUUCCGCAAGAGGAUUUUUUGGAGGAUAUUUUGAUGAUCCCAAUUGGAAUAGAAUUAAAUAUUAUAAAAUGACAAAAAAAUUAAUAUUAGAAUGGCAUGAAUGUGCUAAAGAUGAUCCUAAAAUUGAUAAAAUUAAAACAGAAUUAUUUGGAAUAUCUAGCAAAAAAAAAUACAACUCGAAGCAAAUUAAAUUAAUUAAUGAACAUGCUCUACUAAGAGCCAAAGAAAUAUUACUAGAUCAUAUUUUAGAUCCUAACAAUGAUCCUGAUUACAUUACAUAUUAUCUUGAUAGAAAUGAACCAAUUGAUUAUAUUGGAGGUGGGAACCAUAACUGUAGUGAAAAAGAAAUUAAAAAUAAAACUGUUGUUUUAAAUAUGUGCAUUUAUCCAGUAAAACAACAACAUGAAUCAUAUUCAUUAAAUAUGUCUAUUGAUGAAAUGGCAGAAAUGUAUCAUUAUUUUAUGACUGAAAUUAGAGGAGAAGGAAGAACUCAUCAAUCUUGUGAGGAUCCAGUUGAAGAUAAAUAUCAAUGUUAUGAAUUACAAGAUGAAAGAAAAAAAUUUCCAGCUUUAAUUUCAUUAUAUAAACCUUUAUGGACCAACAAAAAAUAUGGGGAAGAAUUUGGAGAUGCUUUACAAGAAGGAGAAAAAUUGAAAUUUAACAAAUUUUAUAAAUUUAAUCAGAAGCUAAAAUUAAAAAAAAAAAGAAAAUUAAGCAAAAAAGAAAUGGAGAAAUACAAUUACGUGGAUGAUUAUGAACAUUUUGAUGUUCAAUAUGAUUUUUAA